AAAAACUAGUUCAUUUAUUUGAACUAAAAAGGGUCAAAGAGUAUUCUGAGGGUCAAAAAUUUGCAGCUCUAGUCCUGCUCAUUUACUUCCGAAUUUCUGAUUGGCUCGUGCCGGGAGGAAAUUCGAGAACGCUUAAAAAGGAAUGAGUACAAGAAUAUGAUCGCCAAAUUUUAUCGAUCUCUACCCGCGGUAAGAAUGCUGCCUACGUACUACAGUAGAUUAAAUCAACGGAGUUGCAACUGAAGAGCGUCACAUGAGGAAACCAAAGCAGAGUAGCUGAUACGUCCGGCUUUGACACUCCCUGCAACUGCAAACUUGCGUGCAGUCUUUAAACCGGACCCGCAAAAGCUCAGCGCAGCGACAUCCGCGUGGAAUCGAAUUUCCCGCUCUCCCACGCCGGCAUCAUCUUUGUGUUUCAUUCCAAGACGAAUGCCUAUAUAGACGUCUGUCCAGAGCAAUGCUACGCCUGACACAAUAUAAUACGCUGGCAAAGUGUUCGAUCGCUCGCUCGUUGAUCAGUCAGGCCGUCUCGCCAGCGUUCUCCGGCGCCGAUCGAGCAUUUCCGGUAAAAUGCGGCAGUCGGAUGAUGACGCGGUGGCGGCGCCGCGCAUGUACUUCAUCCCGUUCCCGACGCCAGGCCACGCGCUGCCGAUGUCGGACCUGGCCCGCCUCUUCGCGUCCCGGGGCGCCGACGCCACGCUCGUCCUGACCCACGGCAACGCCGCCAGGCUCGGGGCGCCCGUGGCGCGUGCCGCCGCCGCGGGCCUCCGCAUCCGCAUCCACGGGCUCACCCUCCCCGCGGACGCCGCGGGGCUCAAGGGCGGGCACGAGAGCGCCGACGACCUGCCGACCCGCGAGGCCGCGGGGCCCUUCGCGGUCGCCGUGGACCUCCUGGCCCCGCUCUUCGCCGACCUCCUCCGGAGCCAACCAGCCGACGCGGUCGUGUUCGACGGCGUCCUCCCGUGGGCCGCCACCGCGGCGCCCGAGCUCGGCAUCCCGCGGUACGCCUUCACGGGUACCGGCUGCUUCGCGCUCUCCGUGCAGCGGUCCCUCCUCCUCCACUCCCCGCAGGAAGCCGUGGGCUCGUCGGAACACGAGCCGUUCCUGGUCCCUGGGCUCCCUGACGAGGUGCGGCUGACGCGGUCGAGGCUGGCGGAGGCGACGCUCCCGGGCGCCGUGUCGCGGGAGUUCCUGAACCGGAUGUUCGACGGGGAGCGCGCCACGGCCGGGUGGGUGGUCAACUCGUUCUCCGGCCUCGAGGAGCGCUACGUCGCGCACUACGAGAGGGAGACCCGGAAGCCGGUGUUCGCCGUGGGACCCGUCUGCCUUAUAAACAGCGACGGUGACGACGCCCUGGACCGCGGCGGCCGCCGGGGGGAGGCGGCGGCGCGCGUGCUGAGGUGGCUGGACGGGAAGCCCGCGCGGUCGGUGGUGUACGCCUGCUUCGGGAGCCUGACCCGGUUCCCGCGGGAGCAGGUGGCCGAGCUCGGGGCCGGGCUGGCGAACUCCGGCGCCAGCUUCGUGUGGGUCGUGGGGGAGCACACGGACAUGGCCGCCUUGGUCCCCGAGGACGAAGAAAGAGGGCUGGUGGUGAGGGGGUGGGCGCCGCAGGUGGCGAUCCUGAGGCACGCGGCGGUGCGGUGCUUCGUGACGCACUGCGGGUGGGGCGCGGUGACGGAGGCGGCGGCGGCGGGGGUGCCCGUGGUGGCGUGGCCGGUCUUCGCGGAGCAGUUCUACAACGAGGCCCUGGUGGUGGGGGUUGUCGGCACGGGCGUCGGGGCCGGGGCGGAGAGAGGGUACGUGUGGGGAGCGGAGGAGACGGGCGGGGUGGUGGUGGGCAGGGAGACGCUGGCGGAGAAGGUCCGCGCGGCCAUGGCGGACGAGGGGCUGAGAAGGAGGGCGGGGGAGAUGGGAGAGCGAGCGCGGAGGGCGGUGGAGGACGGAGGGUCGUCGUACCAGGCCGUCGGCGCACUGCUGGAGGAUGUGCGGCGACGGCGCCGGAGCCGGGGCGGGCGCGGGGGGUAACGAUGGACGCGAGCUGCUGCUCGUACGGUUGUAUUUUCCGCAUUUUAAACGCACCACACUGUUCCAUUACGGACUCUAUCUUGAAGUUCUUUUUUUCUUCUUCUUAAUAAGACUGUCAAAUUUGUAUCAAAAUGAAGUGACAAAAUUAUGGAUGUUCAUUCAACGGCUGCCAAAAUAAAAUGCGGACUAUAACGAAUGUUCAUUCAA